AUGACUACUUGUGCAGUCAAGUUUUGCAACAGUAAAAUGUCACUAACGAAAAAUAUAAGCUACUUCAGAUUUCCAAGCGACCCAUUGAGGUGUAAACAAUGGAUGGAAAAAUGUCAAACUGAACAUUUACUGAAAACAGAUGCUACUAUUUUAUACAAAAAUUACAGGGUGUGUGGUUUUCAUUUUGAAGACAAAAUGUUUUUAAAUCCAAAUAGUAGGAACCGUCUUACAAUGAAUGCUGUGCCAACCAUAUUUAGUGCUGGAAUAUUAAUGAAGAGAGAAAUGGAAAAGAAAUCGGAAGAAGAAAAGGAAAAGAAAUUGGAAGAAGAAAAGCAAAUGCGAGAAUUUGAGGCACAGGUCGCGAUGGCAUCAUGUUCUAGUCCAUCACACUCAUUAACUUACAAUGAUAAUGUAUAUACCAAUGUCAGUGACGUAUCUGGUUCCUCUUCCAUUUCUAGUAAGCUACAAGUGUCUACUAGUGAUUCAUCUUGCCAAACUCCACUUUAUCUCACUAACAAAACUCCAAGAAAAUUAAAACUGUAUAAUGAACUUCAGUCCAAAAAUAAAGAAAUUAAAGAUAUGAAAAAACAAAUUAAUGCCAUAACUCAACAAUUAGCAAAUGUUAAUACUGUUGAACAAAUGUUAACUCUAACUAAGCAAUUUUUACCUCCUGGUUUAUUUUUAAUUAUAAGUACGGAUGAAAUGGCAAUAAAAAGUAAUUUGUUUUAUAACAUAAGUAAGGAUGAAAUAAUAGGGUUUAAUGAAACAAACAAUCGUAAAACGUAUGAUCCAGCAAAGUUUGUACUUGUCUUGUUGGUUCAAGGCAUAAAUUUCAAUUGGAAGCAACCGAUUGCUUAUUUUUUUAUAUCAAAUAGUUUUACAGGUUUUGAUUUGCAGGACAUAAUUUUAACCAGUAUUUUUAAACUAGAAAAUAUUAAAAUUAAUGUUAAAGCAUUUGUUAGUGAUAUGGGUUCCAAUUUCAUAGGCCUCUCAAAUAAACUUCAAGUUAGUCCUGAGCGGCCAUAUUUUGAAAUUAAUAAUAAAAAUAUAGUGUAUAUAUUUGAUCCACCACAUCUUUUAAAAGCCACCAGAAAUAUGUUUUAUCAACAUAAUUUUAAGUAUGAUAAUGAAUUAAUUGAAAAAAAACAUUUGGUUUCAUUCUAUAAUGAAGAUAGUAAAAAUAAUCUUCGCGCUGCUCCUAAAAUUACAUAUUCUCAUAUAUUUCCUGGGCCUUUUGAAAAAAUGCGCGUAUAUUUAGCAGCACAGGUGUUUAGUGAGAGUGUCUCAGCUGGAAUGCUACUUUUCUUAAAAUCAAACCACUUACCUGAUACUUCAUUGCCUACAAUCAACUUUAUUCAAAAUAUGGAUAAACUUUUUGACAUAUUUAAUUCUUCUAGACGACCUGGCUUAAAACAAUUUAAUAGACCUUUUAAAAAUACUGAUUCGCAAAUUUCACAUUUAAAAUUUAUGGAAAACUUUUUUAAAACAUUACAAGUAUUUAACAAAAAAACAAAUGUUGAAGUGACAAACCAAAUAAAAUUUAUUAGAGGUUGGUUAAUUUCAAUCUCUGGUUUAUUACAAUUGUGGGAAUCACUAAAAGUUAUCAAUACUGAUGAGAGUUAUGUUCUGUAUACAAGUCGAAUCAAUCAAGAUAGGUUGGAAAAUUUAUUUGGCACGUUUCGCACCCAACAUAACGGAAAUAAUAUUAAUUCAACCCCAAUACAAUUUAUCUGGUCAUAUAAACAAAAUUUUUAUCUCAAUUAUUUUACCCACUCUGACAAUGCAAAUUGCAUAGGAGACUUGGAUGAAAGUUUAUCUAAAAUUAAUACAGAUCCCUUAAAUGACAAAAACAUAAAAAUAAUAUUUCAUGAUAAUAAUCCAUUUCAAUUUAAAAAAAAUAUACUUGCAAUAGACACCCCAGAUUAUAGGAAUUUACCGAUGCCAGAAAAAAAUGCUUUCAUAUAUGUUUGUGGAUUUGUGGAUGAAGAAAUGCAUUGA